GUCUCCUUCCUCUCCUCCACUUCUCCGAAUCCGUAUUAGGGUUUCCGAUCCCAAUCUAGGGUUUCGAUCUCUCCCCUCUCUCCCCCACGCCAACGAUGUCUUCGUUCAGCGGCGACGAGACCGCCCCCUUCUUCGGCUUCCUCGGCGCGGCGGCGGCGCUCGUCUUCUCCUGCAUGGGGGCGGCGUACGGCACGGCGAAGAGCGGCGUCGGGGUGGCGUCGAUGGGGGUGAUGCGCCCGGAGCUGGUGAUGAAGUCGAUCGUGCCCGUGGUCAUGGCGGGAGUGCUCGGGAUCUACGGCCUCAUCAUCGCCGUGAUCAUCAGCACCGGGAUCAACCCUAAGGCGAAGUCGUACUACCUCUUCGAUGGCUACGCGCACCUCUCCUCGGGGCUCGCGUGUGGCCUCGCCGGGCUCUCCGCGGGGAUGGCGAUCGGGAUCGUCGGCGAUGCUGGAGUUAGGGCGAACGCGCAGCAGCCGAAGUUGUUUGUGGGCAUGAUCCUCAUCCUCAUCUUCGCGGAAGCGCUCGCCCUAUACGGCCUCAUCGUCGGCAUCAUCCUCUCAUCACGCGCCGGGCAAUCUCGGGCCGAGUAAGAAAAACACGCUCCCCGGCGGGUCUUCAGGUACCUUCGCGGGCUUCUUUUAUAUUGUGAAGAAGAUGGAACUCAGAGAGUAAGUUUGUAUAAUUCAAAUACUUCUUAUCUUGGUGGGGAUUGUUAAACCUCAUGGAGUAUUAUUGAUUCUUUCGUAAUUUUGGUGUUAGUUGUUGUUGUGCAAACAAUUAGCUGCAACUAUUUUUGGCUGUGCUGAGAAUGGUUUCAAAUAUUUAAACAGUCCUGGUUGUGAUGAAUAAGUAAAUUCCUUUUGCUAGGCAAAUGAAAGACCUUAUUUUUAAUUUA